AUAAAAGGGGUCUGCAAACCACGGGGAUUUGCCUGCCCUUUGAAAACGGCGGGGAGCCGCGGCAGUAUGGUGAGCCGGACUGCCCUGGUUUCUUCGCUCCCUUACCAACUGCAUGGAUGAAGACCAGCUAUAACAGAGGCAAGUCAUCCAAACCCCAGACUAUCAAAGCAAAUGAACCAGUUUUCCCCUGUUACUUCAGGAAUGCCAACCACCAUGGAAAAACAACCUACCCAAAGCACAUUGAGAUGGGCCCAUCACAAGAACCACAGAGAAAAUGUGAUGCCAGCCCAUGCAGAUAGUAUCAUGCCUCGCUGGAGGGAGACUCAGCCAUCGGAUGUUUGUAACGGCAACUUUUCCCUGGGACGCACUUCUGAACAGAUUGACCGCAAGACCCCAGAGGAACUCCUCCACCGAGUCACCAGUGCAAAUGGGAAGCUGAAGCAAGGCACGCUGAAGAAAGUCUCGACAGUGCAAAGAGUAAAACAUGAGCUCAAGGAUUCACCCUCCAAGGAUGUUUUCCUGUUUUGGGCUAACAAAGUCAACAACGGCAGCAAAAAGGCUACUUUCCAAAAGCUGCUGCAGAAGUCAUCUGUGACUGUGGAAAACUGUUCUCCAGUCCUUUUUUCCAAGGAAGGGCUUGGCAGCUUGAAAGAAAGGAAGCAGGCCAAAAAUCCCCAGAGAAAAACCAGAAGCGAUCUCUUUCCUGACUCAGAAGUUUUCAGCCAUGUAGACACCCAUGUCCUAUGUGUAAGCCAGCAGAUGAAAUCCAGGCAGGACAGGCUGUCCAUCCCGGCCACUGUACGCCUGAUCACUGCCGAAUCCCAGAGCAAGCUGGAGAUGCUGCGGGCAAUAUGGUUCUGGAUCUGCCACAACAUCGAAUACGAUGUGGAUGGUUUCCUAGGGCUGUCUCAGAAGAUCCACAUGCCAGAGCAGGUCCUGCAAACUGGACGAGCUGUGUGUUCAGGUUAUGCCCAUUUAUGCCGGGAAAUGUGCAGGGAAGCAGGUUUGAGCUGCGUGGAGGUCCCGGGAUACGGCCGGAGCCCUGGCUCUCGCGGAGGCCGGCAGUGUCAGCAGCAGAAGUCCAGCCACAUGUGGAACGCGGUGGAGCUGGAAGGACAGUGGUGCCUCCUGGAUGCUUGCUGGGGUGCAGGGACUGUGGAUGCAGAGAGCCGGUUGUUCAUGCCCAGGUAUGAUGAUUUCUUCUUCCUUACUGACCCUGAGCAUUUCAUUGAGACUCACUGGCCAGAGGACCCCGAAUGGCAACUUCUGCAGCCCUCCAUCUCGCGGGAAGACUUCGAACAGAGAGUUUUUAAAACUUCAGAGUUUUUCAGACUGCAGCUCUCCCUCCUUUCUCCGAACACUUCCCUCCUCAAAACAGCCCAUGGAGAAGCAUCAGUGACACUGGGGAGCACUCAUCCAACAGAGUUCACCUACCAACUCUCCAAACUGCAGGGCACAAUAACUGGAGAGGAUGUAGGCGCAGUUCAUGGAAUGAUGAUGGUGUCUGAGACCAGUACGACCAUCAAGGUGACUCCUCCAACUGAGGGUUUGUUUGAUCUCAUGAUCUUCGCACGCGAUGCUGAUUCUCAGGCCCCCUACAACUGGGUGUGCUCCUAUCAGAUCCAAUGUCUGGAGCCACGCACUCAAGAGAAACUGCCUGAAAACCCUUUUCACUUCUGGGGCCUUCACCAAAAGGUGAGAGAUUUUGGCAUCACAGAUAGCAGCCACAAAGGGGAGCUGCUUGUUGCUUCACAAGGAACUUUGCUGUUGAGUCUCCAGAUAUCCCGACCCUUGCUUGCCACAUAUGAGCUGGUUAAUAGAGAUUUAGAUGCUACUCUGAGCAAGAAAUGCCUGGCCUCUCAAACCGAGGAGGAGAAGCUGAGUUGUCACGUGCUCUGUCCUUUCCAGGGUUACUACCGACUCUCCGUGUUCGUGAAAGAUUUGGGAGCCAGCACCUUCAGGAAUGCAGCCAACUUCCUCAUUCACUGCUUGGGGCCCAUCAACCAGAACGAACUCUUCCCCGCAGGGCUGAGCAUGCACUGUGGCACUGGGAUCAGCUCCACCAGUAAUGGCCUCUUCAACCCUAGCCACUCUGCCCCCAUCAUCACCACCAAGAUAGGGAAGUGCAAUAUCACUUUCCACACACGUGCUGACGUUGAAGUGAUGGCCAGCUUGCACAAGGACAAAGUCAUCAGUGCCAAGUACCCCCUGGAGAGAUACGUCCUGGUCACUCAUCUGAAGACUAAAGUCAGUGUGUGCAUUUUGCUCCCCGAGUCAGGCAUCUACAAAGUAGGGCUUUUUGGGAGAAGCAAGGAUGGCAAGGACUUUGUCCAUAUUUGUGACUACAUCAUACGCUGCUUCUCUGACCCCAGCUGGCCUCCUUUCCCCAAGGUGUACAGCCUGUGGGGGAGAGGGUGCAUAUUGCUAGAGCCACGAACGGGAGUGCUUCAAGAGCAAAGCUGGGUUCGGUUCAGGCUUAAGGUUCCCAAAGCCUGCAGUGCUGUAGUCAUUGGGCAAGAGAAGGUGGUACUUCGGUUGACCCCGAACAUGGUAUGGGAAGGGGAUGUGUUCACUGGGUCUGCAGGGACACAGGUCAAAUUAGCAGCCAAAUUCAGCCAGCAUUGCCCUUCCCUGGAGGUCAUCCUGGCAUUUGAAGUUGCAAGUGGGUCACCUGCAUCCCUGGGGUGUUCAGGGUAAACCACAGAGUAGUGGAUGAAUUCUUCAAUGGAAGAAUCAAAAGAACUAGGGAAGGAAGCAAAAGCUCUUAAAACUGAAGGAUGUUGAGGAGACAUGGACAAAACUCCCAGAACUUUAUGGCAUGUUGAGGAGAGUCUGGGUGUCACAUGCAGAGCUUUUCUUCCCACAGGAUAUCCAGAUAUUUGCCAGGGCCUCCUAUCCCACUUGGAGAAGAUGCUGCCGUUUAAAUCAGUACCAACACAUGGAAGGCUCCUAAUAUUUUGCUUCUGUCAGAGGAAACCAUUGUUCAGCUUCUCUACAGGAAGGAUGUCUCAUUGCUUAUUACCAGUUUGAAUAAUUGUUUGGAAUGUUUUAUUUGACAUCUAUUCAAGAACUUGGAAACUCACAUAGUUUCUUUCUUUUGAGAGAAUAACAAAAAAAAAAAAAAAAAAAAAAAAAAAAAAAAAAAAAGGAAAAAAAAAUAAGCCAAGCUGGAGCCAACAACAUUAGAUGGCAGCAAGAUUUUAAAAAUGUAAAUAUAUAGUAAAUCAAGUAAGCUCUACUUGUGGAGGAAGUCUGUGCUUGAGCAAUGGAGAGGGUAAAGGAAGGAAAGGGAUACCAUAUUUUAUCAAUUGUGUCUUUAAAACAUCUUCCAGGUCUUUAUUAUUAGGGAUGACAUGUAGAUAAAUACUUAAGAGCAUUGAGGGUUUGAAAUGAAGAGAAGGAACAUGCAAGGAAGAAGUUCUUUAGCCAAAGCAUCUAAUCACAGAGCAGAAAUUGCAGGCAACUAAGUCUUAAACUCUGGCACAUGCUGGAAGGCAACAUAAACAGGAGAUAGCAACACUGUGCAGGGCCCUCGCAGCAUCUAGGAGAACAGAUUAUACUUGCUGUUUGAAAAAACAUACUCUAAGAAUCUAAAGAAAAGGCAGGAAAAGUAAUUACAUCAUGUGACACAUGGAAACAGUGCCACUGUUGGGGUAUAUUUAGACAAUUUCAAAGACGUAUUACAUCAUGCUUGAGAAUAGUGAGAUGGCUGUCUCAGGAGAGGAAUUACAGCGUUGUCUUCACCUUUCUUGGAAGCUCUCUUCCAAGUUUGUACACUGGGUUUUCAGGCUCUUUUGAUUAACAGGUUUUGUUUUCUGUGGAAUCCUUUGCAGUGCUGGUUCAAGAUCCCCAUAGAGUGAGCACUGACUUACUGAAAACAAACUCGAUUUUCAUGGUUAAGUGAAAGACUAUGGGAUAAAAAGGUAUAUAGUUAAAAUACUUCUCCAUGCCUGCACUGGACUGAUGCUGGAACCUGGGGUUCUGGCUGCAAUAACAAAGAGCAAGAAUUGUAGAUUAUUUUUGGAUGCUGCACAAGAGACAGUGGGGUAUACGGUCUACUUUUUUUUCAGGUUUGGUAAUUUAAAUUUGAUUUGUAGUAGAAAUGCUAAUAGAUUUUAACCUUUUUUGGAAAUCUGUCAAUGGAGCUAACGUAUCACGUUUCACACCAAGCUUGCUGGAACUGCGCUGGUGUGUUGGAACAAAAGCAUGGACAUGUUGGAAGACUCCAUUGAAGAACAAAGUACAAGGACUAUUCUUGACCUAAGGGAAAUGCUUAGAGUGACAGAUAGCUAAGCUCUUCACUAAUGAUGCUAAAUAACAACUUAAGGAGUGUGGAUCCCUGAAUUUCUCUUACAGCCCACAUUCAGACUAUUUCAUAUUGUACUAACACCUUAGAUAAAUUAGACAAUCAGACAAAAAAAAUCUACUGUCUGUGAGACUGAGCAGAGAAUCCAACCCCAAAAGUCAAAGCCCUGAAAGCUGCCAGCAUGCAGGACUGUCCUCUGCACUCCUGCCAGCUGAGUACUUUCACAUCUCCCCUUCACACAAAACAACAGUCUUGACCUCCGCAGAGCUUCCCAGUUUGUGCUUCGUCCACAGAUACCACUAGUAGUGAAGACACAUCUGCAGAACCAGCAGAUUCCCUAAGACGUGAUUUUUGUUUGUUUUUGUAGAAGAACUUUAGCUUGACAAAGAAAAUGACUGCUAAACAAAAUGUCUCUCAGCUACCAUACCCACCUUCCUGUCUAUGGGUUUCUCUCUCUCAGCUGGUUUUGCUAUUAAUUUUUCUCAGCUGUGCCGCUCUGACCCUUUUGAAUCGCUGUACGUGUCUGCGUGUACACGUGGGGCUGGAACUGCCCCAUCUUUGCCCAACUUCAUGAUGGUGGUCAUGAUCACAUGCCUCCAGAGAAAAGCUAACUUCCAGCUCAGUGAUUAAUUCCCCUUGAUGCAUCAUAACAAGGUCCAGAUUAGAAUUACCUUGAAUUAGGGUCCAAACAACUUAUGUCAGAAUAUAAUUACCUGGGGGUGCUGAGAACUUUAAUGAUACUCCCACGGGGGAUUUUUUGCUUCAAGGAUCUGAAAUCAAUCUAUCCAUAUUUCCUCUCUGAGUAGGCUUGGUAGAGCACGCAACCUAUUUUGAAUGUCAUUCUUAUUUAGAUUUACAUACCUCAAAGCACGCGCCCCCAGGUCUAAGCGCCUUUGCAAUAAACACAAGCACCACCUCUCCAAAAAUAACAGCCCUGAAGCAAGUGCCACUCAUGAAAAAACGACGAUAAGCAAAAGAACAAACCCGUAUGCCUCUCCCUCUCUCACCCCCUCUGCCCAGGAGGAUUAAAUUAGGUAAAGACAUAUUACACCACAUACCUGCAGCGAUAAAACACACCUAGAUCCGAACAAGGUUGCUUCAAAAUGUCAUUAGGAGGCCUCCAGGCAAGCACUGAGCUGUGGACAGCCGAAAAACAAAUAGGAGGCUGUGCCCAGCUCCAGGUGCCAUCUUGAUUGAAAGGCUCUUUUACAACAAAUGUCAAAACACGUAAGACCAGGAAGGGCUGAACCAGAAACUUCAGCACUGAAAAUACGGGCCUUGCCUAAGCAAGGGAAAGCCAGUCACCACCUGGAGUGAGCUUUUAUCUUCCUCCAUGGAGCUGUGAGCGAUAUUCAUGGAACAUGGAGUCCAGACUCCUUGGUUUUAUACAUUUCCCUGUGUUCUGCCUGUGCAUAUUUUGCUAUUAGGGUGAUCUAUGUUAAUACUUAGUUAGGCUGAAUUUUUCCAAUGAGGCCAUAGCAUUGAGGUACCUACACAAUGUGUUUUCUUUGGCUUGUUGUUGUGCUUCUUCACUUAAGUGCUAUUAAAACCUGAGACGACUAUCCUUUUC